GCGUAAGGUUUCCUCGGUUUGUGCGUGCUUGCGCGUAAGCAGUACCGAUCACGUGACACUGUGUGCGUACGCGGCGGAGUUGGGUGUGAAGAUGGCGGACGAGGAGGCCGAGCAGGACCACAGCACUGAGAUCGGCAGCGCCGCCGCGAUUGGGGCGCUCAGAGAACGGUUACAAGAGCUGGCCACCGAGCUGACAGAGAGCCGGGAACCUGCCUUGAAUUCCGCUUCCCAGUACUGCCAGAAAUUCUGCCAGACUCUUGUAGAAUAUGCAGGCAGGUGGAAGAUCUCGGAGGGCCCUCUGCCGCUAGUCCAGGUUUACAUGGUAGCCAUAUUAAGCUAUGCUGAAGCUCGACACCAGCUUUCCUCUGAGUGUGACAAUGUAAGCCUUGUACUUGAGCGAUUAGCACUGAGCUGUGUUGAGCUUUUGCUGGCACUACCAGAAGAAACCCCAAAUAAUUUAUGGAAGGAGUUCCAGACUUCAGUUCAGACAGCCCAUAAUCUGCUACUGGAGGAUGGAAACUCUGAGCUCCAGAUGCUGUGUGCUGUUGCUCAGGAGAGUGGUGUGUGGACAAACUCGGCACUGCAGUGCAUUCUCUCAAAGGAAGCACCACAAGAGGAAACAGUUAAUGAGUUUCUUAGGUUGGAGGGUCCUGUUCUACUAGAGAUGCGUAUCAAGCACCUUAUCAAAGAGAAGCACAUAGAAAAGGCAGCAUCACUAGCAAAGGCCUGCUCCGACCAUCUCGAGUUCAGGGCAAAGAGCAGUUUCAAACAGACCUACCUGGUCUGUCUUACUGCUAUAGCUCAACAGGAGCAGCUUAUGCAAGAGAUUUCAGAAGUUGACUGUAAGGAAGCACUAGAGAUGAUCUGUAACCUUGAGUCGGACGGGGAUGAAAAAGCUGCUCUCAGCUUGUGCACAGCAUUUCUAACUCGACAGCUGCUGCAAGGAGAUAUGUAUUGUGCCUGGGAGCUUACGUUGUUUUGGAGUAAACUGCAGCAAAGGACGGAACCCUCUACGCAAGUGUUUCUUGACCAUUGUCGUCAGCUAUCCCAGCUUUCGAAAACCGUGUAUCACAUUUUCUUUCUGAUCAAGGUCAUUCAGUCAGAGGUGGAAGACGUGGGACUUGCAGUUUGUAUAGAGCUCUGUAUUCAAGCACUACGAAUGGAGUCAAGUGAAAAUCCAAGUAUUAAAGGCACCAUAUGUAAAACCAUCUCCUGUUUGUUGCCCGAUGACUUGGAAGUGAAGCGAGCUUGCCAGCUUACUGAAUUCCUCCUGGAGCCAACAGUUGAGUCCUAUUAUGCUGUCGAGACACUGUACAAUGAGCCAGACCAGAAGUUUGAGGUAGACAAUCUUCCAGUGCCCAAUUCACUGCGCUGUGAACUUCUGCUAGUGUUUAAAACGCAAUGGCCCUUCGACCCUGAAUUCUGGGACUGGAAGACUCUGAAGCGUCACUGUCUGGAGUUGAUGGGGGAGGAAGCCUCCAUUGUAUCUUCAAUAGAUGAGCUGAAUGACAGUGAGGCUUUUGAGCAGCUGGAGGAUGAUAAUGGGGGCAAAGUUCAGGUAGAAGAGUUUGGUGGACUUGCAGAUUGUUUAUAUGAUACACCAAAUGUGCUUAAUGAAAUGGCUGAUGAAAAACAGAAAAAGAGGGAAAUAAAGAAGUUGAGAGAGAAAGGGUUUAUAUCAGCUAGGUUUAGAAACUGGCAGGCUUACAUGCAGUACUGUGUAUUGUGUGAUAAAGAGUUCCUUGGUCACAGGAUAGUACGGCAUGCACAGAAGCAUGUUAAGGAUGGGGUUUAUAGUUGUCCAAUAUGUGGGGAGAAUUUUGAUCAAAAAGAGCUAUUUGUCCCACAUGUAACAUCUCAUGUAAAGCAAUCCUGCAAAGAAAGACUCGCUGCAAUGAAACAGAGUAGGACGCUGGGUAAACCUACCAAACUGCCCAAUUCGAAUACUGCUCUUCAGAAAGUUAAAGCUGCUGACAAACCGGACAACAGGCCAAAGAAGAAAAACAGCCCCCAUUCCCAUGAUAUUGUGGUCUUUAAUGACAAGGAUGCAUCUGAGGGUGAUGGAAAAGGUCAAUGUUCUAAACCUGACCUCUCUGUACAUAGGGUGGAAUACAGAGAGGAAUACACAUGUCCUGUUACAAACUGUCGAAAGGGAUUCAAGUACUUCAAAAACCUGAUAGCCCAUGUAAGGGGCCAUAAAAACAGUGAAGAGGCUAAACGUUUUCUUGAAAUGCAAAGCAAAAAGGUGGUUUGUCAGUACUGUCGUCGGCAGUUUGUCAGCGUCGCCCAUCUCAAUGAUCAUUUACAAAUGCACUGUGGUGUAAAACCAUACAUCUGCAUACAGUUGCAUUGUAAAUCAAGUUUCCUCACUAAUCCAGAACUGUUGGUACACAGGAAAGAGCAUGUUGUGUUUAAAGCAAAAUGCAUGUUUCCAGACUGUGGAAGAAUUUUUUAUGAAGCCUACAUGCUGUACGAUCAUGAAGCUCAGCACUACAAUACAUUCACAUGUAAAUUUCCUGCUUGUGGUAAAAUAUUUCAUUCCCAAUCCAAGUUGGGUUUGCACCAGGAAGAUCACAUUGCACAGCAAAAGACUCCCUGUAAUGAAGACAAAGCUGCUAUACAGGACUCAAACCUAACUGAAUUGCCAGAUACAAUUUCAGAUCCAUCACAUACUCCAUUACUAGAACCAAAUUUGGUGAAAUUAAUUGAUCCAAACCAGAUUAAAUUGGAAUUACCAGAUCCAAAUCCAACCCAAUUUAAAUUGGAGUUACCAGAUCCAAGUCAGUCACAGUUACCGCAUUCAAACCAGAUUACGCUCCCAGAUCCAACCCAAAUCCAAAGUGAAUUAGAAAUACCAUGUCCAAACCUGACUCCUUUACAGGAUCCAACUCCAGUAAUGAAUAAUUGCCCACAAGCUGUCCAAAUAAACGUUGAACAGGAAGGAAAAGUAGCUGUAAUAAAUUGUAAAGACAGCAUCCAUGUCUGUGGAAGUUCUCAAAACAGUCUGCCUGUUAUGGGAGUCAGCAGUGAUGUAUGUGUUCCAGCUUCAUAUGAACAUCUAGAACCGCAGCCUGUGCAACAGCCACCACUGCAACGAAAUGGUCUACCAGCAGAGUUAAAGGAAAGCCAGCUACCUGACAUGCUCACUGGUCCGCUGGAGGAAAAGCCAACCGAACUGCUUCAUGUAAAAAUAGAAGCUCCAAGCAAUGAAGAGAUCAUGCCAGAGCAGCCGCCAAAACCGACAGGUGAUGUUGUACCCAACUGUAAUGCUUUAUCGGUGAGGAUGCCUGAUGGCAAUAACAUACUUUCUCCGUCAGUCCAUCCUCAAGCUGCAACUGAGAAACAAGUGAAUGUGGCAAGUCAAGCCAAAGUGGUGGAGAGAUUUAGCUGCACGUUUGAGACCUGUACUCGGAACUACAGUUCACCAAAGAGCGUCAAUAAACACAUGAAGGCAGUACACCCUGAAUACCAUGCUGCACUGAAGCUGGCUCGGAAAAGCAAAUCGCUCCGAAAAAAUAACAGAAAAAGUGCUCUUCAAUCACAAACACAAGAAGACAAAACACAAGGUAUGAAGACUCAAACCCCGCUGUUACCUUACCAAACUGGAAAUGUUGCAGCUACUGUAUCAACCCCAGCCUUUUCUUCUCAUUCUGGAACCCUCACAACUCAAGUUUUCCCCACCCAAAUAGAAAACGUUGUAAAUCCAAUCCUAUUAUCACAAAUGGCAGAGGUUUCAAAUCAAAUGUUACCCUUGCAAAAGGAACGUGGAGCUAACCCUCUUCUGUCUUUACGAAUGGGCAGCGGUCUGAACCUGUCUCACCUUUCCCAUAAAGGACAUUCAGCAGAGCUACCAAUACAUUUACAAGCACUCGCCAGUCAAGUUGCAUCUUCACAGAUCACUGCAGCAAAUCUAGUCCUUUCUCCACAGAGACCUCGAGGCAAUACAAAUAAUCUAGUUGUAAAUUCACAAGCAAAUGUCAUAAAUCCAGCUUUAACUUCACAAGCAGUUAUGUUUUCAGAGAUGCAAAGUAGUGCAAACCUUAUUUUGUCUUCGCAAGCCGAAAGUAAUUGCCUUCCAGUUUUGCCUUCUCGUUUGGAAAAUAGUACAGAUCCUAUUCUAACCCCUCGGUUAACAGAUGGUACAAAUUCAGUUGUGUCUCAUCACAUUGACAGUAAUGCACAUUCAGUGCAUCCUGCUCAAGUACAAAGAAGUGCAGAUUCACUUUUGCCUUUACAGAUAGAUUGUGGCUCACAUAUAGGGGCACCACCUACACAAGGAGGAAGUUCCCAUAUGGCUUAUUCGACUAUGGGAAGUAAUAAUAACCUACAUGUAACAUCGCAAGUUGACAGUGUAACAAAUAUUGUGUUGUCCCAAGUGGAUCCCUCCAAUCCUAAUUUGCCUUCCAAUAUGGAAGGUCUAAGUAAUGCCUUGUUGCCUUCACUGAUGGAGAGGGCGACACACCCGCUGUUACCUUCAGAUCUGGAAAGCUUCAAAAAUGCAGGUCAGCUAGAAACUGCUGUGAAUCCUCUCUUCCUUCCACAGGUAGAUGCCCGUUCACUUCCUGAUUUCUCCUCUCAAGCAGAAAGAGUGGCUAAUCCCCAAGUGGAAAAUGUCAUGAAGUCAGUUUUUACUUCCCAGCCAGAAUCCGCACAGACUGCCACUGCUAUCAAGCCACUCUGUGGGAGUCCACCUAAACUUGAAGUUAAAAGGACUAGCAAGAGAACAAAGUGGCCAGCUAUUGUUAGGGAUGGUAAAUUCAUCUGCAGUAGGUGUUAUAGAGAAUUUGCUAGCCCCAAAUCACUUGGUGGUCAUCUAUCAAAGCGUUCUCAUUGUAAACCAUUUGAUGAAACAGAAACUUCUGCAGCACUUCAGCAGGAUGUUUCUUCCUCAUUCAUUACUAAUCAGAUUAAUUCAUCGAGUGUGCUGAAUGUGCAGCAGCAACAGCUGUCUGCAAAUUUAAAUCCAACUGUAUCUUUUAAGGACCGAGCCGAUCAAUCAUUAGCAAUAGGAAACCAUCCUGCAGAAUUUUUGCCUAGUGCUAUUUUCCCACAAGUUAAUGGGGCCGUUUGUAAUCCAAACGAGGGUGAACAAAACAGUGAGGUCAUUAAGCAAGCCCUGGAAACAGCAGGACUUCCAAACCUGUUUGAGACCCCUGAAAUCCUGCAGCAGGCAUUCCAAAAUCCCUGUGGCCCCUAUCAAACAAGUGCACAUAUGCCAGAAAGCACCGUCAUACAGCAUACAGGGAAAGCUAUUAAAAUGGAGUUGGAGGAUGCAGAAAUUCCAUUGAUCCAUGAAACUAGGAAUGAAUUAACAGCCUGUGCCGCAAAUCAUUUUGUAAAGGCAGAAGAGCCUGAAUUUUGUGCUGAUAUCUUCUCUGACUCUGUUCUGUCACAGAUGUUGGCAGAACAUAAUUCACAGAUCUCCUUGAAUAAUCUUGGAGCAGCUCCUUUAGAUCAAAUAAUAACUGGUUCUCAGUCAAUGAAGGUAGAAGGAAAUGGAGAGCCUCAAAUAAAUGCAAAUGACACUUUACUGGCUGCAAUGGCCAAUCUCACACAACACUUUAUGGUUAAUCAGGUGUUGCAAAUACCAGCGGCUGAUCCCCAGCAUUUAGUAACAAACCGGUGCAACCCACAGGAUUCUGCUCCAAAGAUAAAGAAUGUAAAGAAAAAAUUACGUGCUCAGUUAUUGGAAAAACCUAAUGAUUUAUCACAAAAGUCAUCAGGUCCAGCACAAGAUAUCAGUUUACAGGGAAAUGGUCACUUGCAAAAAAUACCAUCCAACUUCCCACAAACUUCAGAGGCCAUGCACGGUUCAGCAUUUUCAAAGAUACAGGGAAUGACAGGAUCUGACAAUAGAGGUGACACGAACGGCUUGCCGAGUGAUACUACACAGACAGAGAAAUUAAACAGUGAGUUAAAUGCAUCCUUAUCGGGACAGACUUUAUCUAAUGCACCAGACACAGCCUUGAGUAAUUCUUGUGAUUCUCAAAAAGAAGAUGAAAAAAUAAUGGAAAUUCUAACAGCUUUACAGAGAUUAAACCUGGAAAAGGAAAAUACCACCGAUGACAGUCCUGCUGUGAAUAGUUGCUCUGUCACUAGUAUGCUUAACUGUAAUGCUGUUGUGUUAAAUGAACGCCCAGAAGCCCAACAUCCCGAUUCCACAGUAACAAAUAAAGUUCCGCCUUUGGAAAGCCCUAGUAAACCGUUUGUGUGUGAGAAUGAAAGUUGUCCUUAUAGUGCUAUGACAAAAGAUGCAUUGUAUAAACACUAUUACAAAGUGCAUAAUUACACUGAAGACAUGAUGAAUGAAAUCAGGCAAAUCCAACUCAAGUUUGCUCCUUUUCGAUGUCAUAUUUGCAAUAAGACAUUUACAAGAAACUCGAACCUCAAAGCACAUUUUCAGACCGUGCAUCGCUUGACGCAGAACAAAAUGGUCCAGUUGAAAAUUAAACGACCAUACAGCAAAAAAUCUCGACCUGAAAAAACUGCUACCAACAAACGGCCAUGCAUGGCGGAUGGUCAACAACAAGAAUUUGGUCCAGAACCUGCAGAAAGCACACUAGCCCUUGAAAAGUUGAAGCCCACUGAAGGCAAUUCAGAGCAGGGUAUGCAUCCAGCAGUUAAAGAGUCAUUUAAAGUGACUCCUACCCAAGUUUCAUGCUCUUUGCAAGAUGCACCGAAUGGACAAACUUUAGAAAAUGUUUCUAAUUCUGUAUUGGAGCAACCUAGAUCAGGACAGCCUACAGUGGGCCUGUCUGCAGCUCAGCAACCUUCAGCAGAGUAUCCUACAGUAGAUCUGCCAUUAGCUGAACAACCUGCUGCACAACCCCCUACAGUGGGCCAGUCUGUAGCAGGACAGCCCCCAGUGGGAUUGCCUGUAACGACUCAGUCUGUAGCUGAACCACCUGUAACAACUCAGUCUGUAGCUGAACCACCUGUAACAACUCAGUCUGUAGCUGAACCACCUGUAACAACUCAGUCACUAGCUGGACCACCUGUAACGACUCAGUCACUAGCUGGACCACCUGUAACGACUCAGUCACUAGCUGGACCACCUGUAACGACUCGGUCUUUAGCUGAACCACCUGUAACGACUCAGUCACUAGCUGGACCACCUGUAACGACUCAGUCACUAGCUGGACCACCAGUAAUGACUCAGUCACUAGCUGGACCACCAGUAAUGACUCAGUCACUAGCUGGACCACCUGUAACGACUCGGUCUUUAGCUGGACCACCUGUAACGACUCGGUCUUUAGCUGAACCACCUGUAACGACUCAGUCACUAGCUGAACCACCUGUAACGACUCAGUCACUAGCUGAACCACCUGUAACGACUCAGUCUGUAGCUGAACCAUCUGUAAUGACUCAGUCACCAGCUGGACCACCUGUAACGACUCGGUCACCAGCUGGACCACCUGUAACGACUCGGUCACCAGCUGGACCACCUGUAACGACUCGGUCACCAGCUGGACCACCACCUGUAACGACUCGGUCACCAGCUGGACCACCUGUAACGACUCGGUCACCAGCUGGACCACCUGUAACGACUCGGUCACCAGCUGAACCACCUGUAACGACUCAGUCUGUAGCUGAACCACCUGUAAUGACUCCGUCACCAGCUGAACCACCUGUAAUGACUCGGUCACCACCUGGCCCACCUAUAGUGGAACAGCCCACAGUGGGAUUGCCGAUGAUGGGACUGCCUAUAGCUGGACAACCUCUGAUGGAGCUGCCUGUUUCAGGAGACACUGGUACAGGAUUUCCUCUCCCUGGACCCCCUUUACUAGGAGAGCCUGCAACAGAGAAGGUUAAAAAGCCUAAAGGUCCAAAACCUAAGGUACCAAAGCCUAAGGUUGAAAAACUUAAAGUGGAGAAGCCUAAAAAGCAACCAAAACCGGAAAUAAAAAAGCAAAAGAAGCCAGCUGCAAAUACAAGCGAGUCAUCUCACAGCUACAGUCCAUACCGGCCAUACCGUUGUGUUCACCAGGGCUGCUUUGCAGCUUUUACGAUACAGCAAAACCUGAUUCUGCAUUACAGGGCUGUGCAUCAGUCAGACCUGCCUAAAUUUGAACAGGAUAAUGAAGAAGAAUCAGCCGAGAUCAAAGAAGAAUUAGUGGAGGAGAUUAACCAGAUCACAGAGUUCAGAUGCCAAGUUAAAGAUUGCUCUAGAAUAUUCCAAGAAGUACCUAGCCUUUUACAGCAUUAUACACAGCUUCACGAGUUCAGUCUGGAAAAAGCUGGGAGACUACUGUCGGAUAUGAACCUGGGAAGAUUUCGGUGUGACCAGCCAGAGUGCAAGGCUUCAUUUACAGCAUUUUGGAAGUAUAUUGGUCAUCUUGAAGUGGAUCAUGAACCAGAGAAACUCUUUAAUAAUGAUGGGGAGGAAGGCGUGUUCAGGUGUGACUGUGAGGGCUGUGAUUGUGUUUAUGCCACUAGAUCCAACCUCUUACGCCACCUCUUUAGAAAACACAGAGACAGCCACAAGUCCCAUUUAAUUAGACAUAGACAAAAAAUGGACAGGCAGGAAAGUUAUUCAGUAAAUGGAGACACGUCCAAAAAGUCAAAGUCUGCUGGAGGUAAAGGAGACAACGAAAAAGAGAACUGGCAAAACAAUAAGAAAUCAAAAAUCAGUAGCGCAGAGAGAAAGAAGAAAAAGAAUGAUGCAAAUAAAACCGUCUGGAUAAAAAGCGAAAAAACACCUUCUUUAAAAACAAAUGAUGAAGCUUUGGCAAUGUGUACAAAAAAAUUCUCUCUGCAAUACCCAUGCAUGAUAAAAGGUUGUCUGUCUGUUGUCAGCAGUGAACGCAAUAUAUUUAGACACUACAAAACUCACAGGCUGACUGAUGCGUUCCUACUGCAGCAAGGCAGUGACUUUAUCAUUUGCAAGCAGCGUUCACGUCCCUUAAAAAAAUCAAAGUCUACUGGAGAUGAUGGAGAGAAAUCUCAGGAAGAUCAAUCUGAGAAUUCAGAGGAAGACUUGGCAGAUGCCUACCCUGAAUUACAUGAAACAGAAAGUUUACGUUUAACCUCUGAAAAGGAUAAAGUUGCAGAAUACACUAAACCUUUUAAGAAAAAACGUUCAGCUAAUGAAUGUUCUGAACCCAAGCUAGUCUGGAGAAGAAAGCGGACAAUUAGACAAGCCUUUCCUGAUUCCGUUCCCCUGAUCAAGCGCAAGAGAGGGAGACCUCCACUGAAAAGAAAACGCAAAGAAGCCGUGCAGAUCAGAAUAAAAAACAGACGAGUGAGAAAACUGAAACCAGAAUUAUGUAAUCCAAGCAAUCUGUGCAGUGGCUCGGAAUCAGCAACUUCUUCCUGCACAGUUCCAGUUCAAAAGGAGCAACAACACAACAAUAUUGACUUGAGUACAUUUAAGCCAAUGGGAUUUGAAGUGUCCUUUCUCAAAUUCUUGGAAGAAUCUGCCGAUCAGACUAAGAGGAAAGCAAAGGAAAAUCCUCUCUCUGAAAUUGCCUCAAAAAGAAAGAAAUAUUUUCCCCCAAAAUGUGGAAGUUUGGAUUGUAGUGAAUCCGAUUUGCACAUCAGGACUAGCGGUUACCAUAACCUUAUUGACUUUCAAAACCCUUUGAAUCUCCAGUCUGUAAAGAAUGUAAAGAUCAUUUUGGAUAGGACCUUUUCUGAAGGGGCUGAGCUUUUGCUUAAGCAGCUUCAGGAAAUGCGACCAACAGUUGUGCUCGAAAAAUGGUAAUACAGUUGAGGGUAAGAUUAGCAAAAAAUGGUUCUAUUAACAAAAAAAGCAUAGUACUCAGGAUUACUCUCUAUUUUAGUGCAAGGAAUACUUAGGCUGCAGACCAGGGCUUUUUAAAUUAUUGUAUGCAUAACUGAACAAUGAAUAUUGAAGAUAACCAAGCACCUGUCAAUUACAUCCCAAAUAUUUGUCUUUGAACGAAAUCUAAUUUUAAUGACAUAUAAAAUGAUUUUAGGAUUUUGUAAGCUCACAAGACUUUUCAAGGGUUUAGAUGACGCCUUUCAAUUGACACUUUUAUCAGAUGUGCUGUAAACCAGAACUAUGCUAAUCUGUUGUGUAGAAAAUUCAAACUGAACCGUAGAGCAUGUUUGUACCAUUAAGCUUUUCUUAUGUCACGUGAAGUUGCCUUUGCAAAAAAAAAAAGACAAUUCAUGAUACCAGUCAUGUAAACUUCAAUAUAUCCCCAUGGGACAUUUUGCUGCAAACCUUUAUGUAAAAAUUAGACAGAUUUUCUUGUUUCUUCCAUCACUGAAAGUGUUGUGUAUAGUCUGUGAUAUUUUGGUUGAGCUCUCUGUUGUUCACUGACCAUGUAAAUUGUAAGUUGUAGAUAUUUUUUGUGUAUAUAUUUAUUCUUUGAAAACUGUUAGUCAAAACUAUUAAAUUCACAGUUUUAUAACAUUUUUGUGUAUUUUUAGUUUGUGAACUGUGGUAAUUAUAAUCUUAUAAAAUACAGAAUUUGAAAACCUUUAUUUUUUCAACAGUGCUCAUUUUAUUACAUGUAAGAUGGGGAUUGUUUUAAGCUUCCAUGUAAUGACAGUGAGUGUUGAUGUUUGCAGUAUUUAUUUUGCUUUCCAGAACCUUGUGCUGGAAGGUGAAAGCGAAGUGACUGAACAUUGUAGAGUGCAGUCAAUUAACCUUUAUUUAAAACAUGAACAAAGACACAGAGACUCUCAAAUAGACCCCCGAUGCCAUUGUACAAUGUUGUGUUUAAAGAAAACUAAAAUGUUUGAAUGUCUGAGACAGUGCUUAGACAUUUCCUGUACAUGUCCUACCUCAUUGAGAGAGUGCCACUUGAACUUGUUUGGCAAUGCAGUACGUGAUCGAGCCACCUGUUUUUUGAUGUUAUUGUCUUAAGAACCAACUGUACUUUUUUUCAAUAUGAAAAUAAAUGAAAUUACAGGAAAGUA